AUGGCUCCUACCUCCGCAGCUACCCACUUGGACUUGACAGUUAUCCGUGCAUCUGAAAUAAAAUGGCAUUCAACCUUUCGCAGCGAACUACCAAACUUAUACAUUCAGGUGGUGUUCGGCAAGAUACACAGACGAACAAGGACUGUCAAGAGGAGUCUAUCACCUGAAUGGCAUGAGCAUAUGUCUUUUGAACUACGAUCCAUGGACCAGAGUGCGAGCCUCUCAAUUCAGAUUAAACAUGAUUCAUCGCGUUGGAGAGAUAAAUAUUUGGGCAAGGUCGAAGUAGCAGCAAAUGAGUUGUUAAACAGUUCAGCAACGUCGGAGACUGCUGCGAUUCUCCAUUUACGUUUGGAGGCUGUGGACACAACGACAAGCGUUGGUCGCAGCAUCGAGGCUACAAAACAAGCAAUCCAGACCAGCAGUAUCUUGGGAUCGGCAGCGGCUUCAGAUUCGAUCGUUAUUGCAACGGUCAAAGGUGGUGAAGAUCAUGUUGCUGCAUACAAUGAUCUGUACCAGUCCGUUGGAAAACUUGUCUCGAAGCUGGACAUCUUUGUUGGUGUUAUUGACAAACUAUCUGAGGCUCAAGCUGGACGUGGAUGGAAAAGUCAAGGAGUUCGCACGGUCCUUGCGCCUACUCAAGCACUCGAUUGGUUCUGGUACUAUGAUUCACACAGCUUUUGUAUCAUCGAGGAUAUCUUCCAAAGUUGA